GCGCAUAGUCGCUCGUAUUGCCUAUCAGAGAACAAGACGGAAAACGACAGGGCUGUUCAAGGAUUGCACUGACUUGCUUGCGGUGUCCCGCGGAACAUCAAUGUUCCACACCUGGACGGGUGCUUGACAGGAUAAAGAGAAGUUACCAUGACGACAGAGACCCGUCCGGAGUCAGAGGUGGGCCUGCACGACUCGGCUUCGGAUGGCAAAAUGGCCAAACAGGACCAGGAUAGCAAACUUCUCGACGACCACCGGGACGAUGCCUCAGAGAGGACAACUCCUGGCAAAAUGGCAAAGUCCCCACAGAAAACUGGCAAGCGGUCCAAGACAGCUCCCUUCAAGGUGACUCUGUUGGACAGCUCUGAGUAUGAAGGCGCCAUUGAAAAGAACUCCCGUGGACAGGCUUUAGUGAACAUGAUGUGUGAGCACCUGAACCUGCUGGAGAAGGACUACUUCGGACUCAUCUUCAGUGACGCAGAUAGUCAAAAGAACUGGUUGGACCCUUCCAAAGAAAUCAAGAAACAGAUGCGCACCUCGCCCUGGCAGUUUUCCUUUGCGGUUAAAUUCUACCCGCCAGACCCUGCACAGCUCAUUGAGGACAUCACCAGAUAUUACCUGUGUCUGCAGCUGAGAGAUGACAUCCUCUCUGGUCGGCUGCCAUGCUCCUUUGUCACACACGCACUGCUGGGCUCCUACACGGUUCAGGCGGAGCUGGGCGACUUCGACCAUGACGAGCACAGCUCCGACUACGUCAGUGAAUUCCGUUUCGCCCCCAACCAGACGCGGGAGCUGGAGGAGAGGGUGAUGGAGCUGCAUCGAAACUACAGGGGGAUGACUCCUGCAGAGGCUGAGCUGAACUUCCUGGAGAACGCCAAGAAGCUGUCCAUGUAUGGAGUGGACCUCCACCACGCCAAGGACUCCGAGGGCAUUGACAUCAUGCUGGGCGUGUGUGCCAACGGACUGCUGAUAUACCGCGACCGGCUGCGCAUCAAUCGAUUCGCCUGGCCCAAGAUCCUCAAGAUCUCCUACAAGCGGAGCAACUUUUACAUUAAGAUUCGGCCCGGUGAGUAUGAGCAGUUUGAGAGCACCAUCGGCUUCAAGCUGCCCAAUCACAGGGCUGCCAAGAGGCUGUGGAAAGUUUGCAUCGAGCAUCACACCUUCUUCAGGUUAGUGUCUCCAGAGCCGCCACCCAAAGGCUUCUUGGUGAUGGGCUCAAAGUUCCGAUACAGCGGGCGAACCCAGGCCCAGACGAGACAGGCCAGCGCCCUGAUUGACCGUCCCGCACCUCACUUUGAGCGCUCGACCAGCAAGAGGUACUUGCUGUCCCGCAGUCUGGAUGGAGAGUUCUCGCGGCCAGUGUCUGGCCUGAGUCACCAUCAGGAUGGCCUAUCGCAGCGCAGCACCAGCGAGCUGCCACGCUCACCUUCCGUGGACGAGCAGGACCACCGGGCAGACCUGAGCACUGACCAGGAGCUGGACACCGAGUACGAGCAGGACCAGGACCAAGACGCCGACCAACUGGACCAGGACCCUGACAGCGUGACCACGCCGACCAAGAAGAAGGAGAUUAAGGAGGAUGCUGGAGAAGCUCUUGAUGCUCAGCAGGAGCAGGAGCUGGAGUCUACUCCACGCCACAAGCAGGAGUUUAUGGAUAAGUCGGAGGACUUUCUCCUGAAGCAUCAGGCCAGCAUCAAUGAGCUGAAGCGAGCUUUGAAGGAGCCCAACAGCAAACUGAUGACCCGGGAGAAGCGCCUGUCAGGGUCAUCCCCAGGAGGCACGCCUGAGAAGAAGGCUGAUGUGGGGGUUGUGUGGGCCAUGGAGGCCACUAGCGUCACACCUCCGGAGGGCUUCACGCAGAAGACCCUGGUGACUUCUCCUGAGGGUUCAGAGGAAUGGGUAUUGAUUGAAAAGCAGGAUGCUUGCCAACCAGAGAAUUACCACAAGGUGGAGAGCAAGGAUAAGCCUAAUAGACGUUCCCUUUCUGAAGUCUCCGAACCUGGCUUGGAGAAAAAGAAAGAGUCAGAAAAGGAGAUCACCAAAAUGAUACAUAUCGAGGUAACUGGGGAGGAUGGCGAGGAAAUGCAAGUCCAGAUGGACUCUUUCCCAUCUCCCAAGCUGCCACCAAGAGACGAGAGCAAAGACUCGAGCCUGAGGAACAACAACAACUGUAUCAUGGCCGAGUUAUCUGCCAAAAUCAAAGGCGAGACGAAGCAGGAGAAAUCACAGAACGAAGUCCCACCACUGGAGGCAGGCAGCAGACCCAGAAAUGAGAAAUCCCCCGUCAUGACUUAUGCAGCUGAACAUCAGUCACACAAAGUCCACAAGGACAAGAGGCCUCGGAGUCUGAACUUGGGCAUGUCGACCGAGUUUGUGUACGAGAAAGAGACUGAUGGUCCAGGCGGCAAUGACGAGAGCGAAGUGUCUGACGAGGAGAAUGCAUCGGCGGGCGAGGAGGAUGAUCAGGCCGGACGAUAUGAGCGGCCUUUUAGGACAGAGACGAAGAAGGAGCCCUUGGCUAUGAAGAUGAACAUUACUAUGAAUGAUGAGGACACAUCGGUGACUGCUCGGGCUUCACAUGUUCGACAUAAAGACAAGGUGACAGAUGAAUGCAAGAGCAACAUUACUCAGGAAAGUCUCAUGUUUGAUAAACUGAAGAAAGAGGCUGAGAAUGUGACAAAAAUGAUGAGAGGGGAAGACGCAAGUCAUGCAGACACAGUCAAAGGAGCGUCGGAUGUUGGAGGACGAAUAGAGAUCGUCUCACGGAAGGAGGUCACAAAAAUGAUCAUGAUUGACAGCGAGGACACCGAGGACGCUGAUAGGCACAACGCAAACAAAGUGGCAAAUGACUGGACGGUGAAUGUUCCGCGGAGAGAGAGGCCCCGAUCGUACAUGUUUGAACAGACUCCGUCAGACAAAGCCCAGAAGAGGAAAUCGACAGGCUCCACUCAUGUUGAAAUCACACGGAUUGUUCCGCUGAAACCUGAAAGAUCCAGGAGCUCCACGACCCGAGACGAGCCAGACAACAUGUUCAAACUCGAAGAAGAGCGCAAGCGACUAAGUGGCAGCUAUAGAAGGGAAUUCAUUUCACUGAACGAAUCAGCAGAACAAUCCACUGACAUCAAUAGGAAUGACAUCUGGCCCACUGUGUCCAGUCCUGUGCUGACCAAUCCAUAUCAAGUAGGGUCACCCCAAUCCCCAACCAUGAUGGGACACAAUGUCUUUCAGGGCUGGGAGGAGCAGGUUCAACUAAAGGAGAGAACUUUCGGAGACGACUCUCAAUCCACAAUUGGAGGUGGCAGUUUGAAGGACGACCCAUCUCAGUUUGACCAAGGCGCUUCCGGAGCUCCACCCUUCAGCCCGAGGGCCGCAGGCUUCAACAAGAACGCUCCCCCCACUCCCCCGGUCAAAACGAAGAAGGCCCGGGAGUCGGGGCUGAUUCUCCGCAACAGCCGCAACCCCAGCAAGGAGCCAGGAGUGGACGGAGCAGCCGAGAGGAGACAUGCGGUAACUGAGCCUCUGUCUACUACUGUGAUUAAUGAAGAACAACUAGCUGAGGCUAAGAGGGAACCCUGGGAUAGACGGCCAAUCUCGGCCACCGACCUCGAUGAACAGGAGCGCGAACGCGAGCCGGCCUUCAUGAAGGACACACACCUGGGCAUUGAGCGGAAGUGCUCCAGCAUGACGGUCAGCUCCACGUCCAGCCUGGAGGCAGAGGUGGACUUCACUGUCAUCACUGACCUCCACCUGGGCGCGGAGGAGUUCUCAAGGGGCAUGAGCGAGCUGACUGAGAGGGGCGGAGGGGAGAGGCAGGCAGAGGGGAGCCGCGAUGACUUUGAGGAGGCGUCUCAUUUCUACUCCUCCCGGCUGAUGAGCCAGGACAAGCACCCCGUAGAACAGCACCUCCUAGAGGAGAAAGGCCACCACGAGGUAGACGCUCCCCCGGUGGCCAGGAAAGAUCCUAACGCUGUGAGCAUCGCCCACUCGCUGCGGAGGGCAGAGGUCAAGGUGGAGCCCCACUCCAAUGGUGCAGAAGUGCCCCCCACCAUCAUAGACAUCACAGAACAGCAAACACAAGGUGAAGUCAACUGCAUGGAGACAAAGUUCUCCAGCACUGACGACACUCAACCACAAGAGGGUGACAUGAGCCAGGAAGAGAGUGGAGAGAAGGAGGCUCCUCCACCUGGCAGGGAAAAUGGCUCUCCAGUAAAAGCAGGCUCUCUGGGGAGAGACUCAGCAGUGUCCCCACUCACUGUCACCGCGGAAAAUGUUACCUCAGCAACCACCCAAGUAACCAAGACAGUGAAAGGGGGAUACUCAGAGACCAGGAUCGAGAAAAGGAUAAUCAUCACGGGAGAUGACGAUGUUGACCAACAUCAGGCCCUCGCCAUGGCUAUCCAGGAAGCCAAGCAGCAGCAUCCCGAUAUGCUGGUGACAAAGGCGGUGGUUGUCAGGGAAACAGAAUCUUCAGAGGAGAAACACAGGACGCCAGAGUCCUGAUGACCAGACUCAGCUCCAGAGAUCAGGGAGAGGAUAUGAGCCCUUCAGGGUCCCCCCCGCCACCACCGCCGCACCCCUGCAUCCAAAGGGUUAGCUGAGUCCAAGUACAACCCAACCCAACCCAACCCGCUCCUGCGUCCCUCAAUGCCCUCACCCCACUCCUCUCUCCUCCUCCUCAGCCUGGCGCAAUGCGCUGUGCCCACUGUCCCUCCAACCAGGAGCGAAAAGGACAGACUUGCAGACCAAUCCUGUUCCUGCAGCCCAGUACUCCAUCAAGCACUCCAUCCUGCAGCCUCCAUUAGCCACAUGAUGUAUCCAUAUUCCCUCAACAUUGAAAAUGUGUCUGAAAGUGUUAACAGUCCCUCAAUCAGUUUGCCCAUUGUUUGUAUAGAUUUGGAUAGAAUACUGCUUACUUUUGUUAAACUGUACUCGUAGGGGUGGGGUGGCUGGGGGUGGACUCCAAGGCAAUUUCAAGGUUCUUUGGAUUUUGACAGGUUCAUGUGCUCUACAUACCGUCUGUCUUCUCCGGGUGUUAUAAUUAUAUGUGUGCCAGUAUGCCAUUGUACACAGCUUUAGCUCUUGAUUGUCCCGUUGUGUCUAAGAGUCAGCAACCUGCUGCAGGUCCACACACACACACACACAUACACACACACACAAA